AACAUGGCGACCGAGACGAUGGAUAGCUACCCUACUAUCUCUCAAGCUGAUAUUUUAAGGAGAUUCGUCAUCGAGAAACUCGGCAAGGCCACGCAGGAGAUAGUGGAGGCCCUGGUGGGGACCGUGUCCGGGUUUGAGCAGGAGGUCGCGGGGCUGAGGCAGGAGCUAGACCGGCAGAAGGUCCAGCUGGGGACUCUGCUGCAGCUCAAACAGGAGCCCCCAGAUUACCAGUUCCCUAUUAGCCAGCAAGCAGCUGAAGGAGAAGGAGGAGGUGGAGGAGACACGUCUGAACCGUAUUCAGAGCUGAAGCAGCAAAAUGAAGCUCCAGCUUGUCCAGGUGUGCAGCACAGCGAGGAGCUCAUCAGCUACUCUAGGGCUCCGGUGGAGGAUGAGGAGUUUGAGGUGGAGGACGCAGAGAUGGACCUUGUCACAGAGGCAGAGGAAGAUGAGACUCAGAGAAACAUGGGCAGAAACUUUACUCAGAAGACGAAGAGGGGCCUGACUCCACCAGAUGUCAUGAUGAAGGCAGUCAGGGAGGUGAAAUUAAAUAACAAGUCCAUCCGGAGCACUGCCAAAGACUUUGGUAUAAAUUACAGAACACUGGCAAGAUAUUGUGCGAAAAUAAAUGAGCAAGAGGUUGCUGGAGAAGACAUCUACCCAUCGCUGCCAGUAGGCUAUGUGAAAAACCGCCUAGUUUUCGGUGAGGAGCAGGAGCGUCAGCUGGAGGAAUAUAUAAUAGCUGCCUCAGAUAUUUAUUUUGGCCUCUCUCCCACCGAGGUCUGCAAACUAGCAUACAGCUUUGCAGUGUGCAGUAAUGUUGCUAUCCACACAAACUGGGCAGAGAAGGAGAUGGCAGGGUCUGAGUGGUUCUCCGGGUUUCUGAAGAGACAUCCAUCACUGCCCAUCAGGACCCCGGAGUCCACUAGCCUAGCACGUGCUAGUGCUUUCAAUGAGCACAACGUGGGCCGUUUCUUCACCAGCUUGGAGGAGUUGAUGGCCAGGUAUAAGUUUGAGCCCCAGUCAGUGUGGAAUAUGGAUGAAACAGGUAUCACCACUGUCCACAAGCCGAACAAGAUGGUAGCCAGGAGAGGCUACAAACAGGUCCGGUCUUUGACCUCUACAGAGACGGGAACCUUGGUAACAUUCACCUGUGCCAUCUCUGCCACCGGGAAUAGUAUCCCUCCAUUCUUCAUCUUCCCUUGGGGGAACUUCGACAACCAUUUUUUAGUUUCUGCCCCCACUGGAAGUGCAGGAGCGGCAAAUCCGAGUGGGUGGAUGAAGGAGGAGCAUUUUGUGCAAUUUCUUAAGCAUUUUGUGUCUCAUACAAGAUGCAGCAGGGAAAAACCAAGCCUCCUGCUCCUCGACAACCACAGCUCCCACCUGUCGGUGGCGGGGUUGAAGUUUGCUAAGGAGAAUGGAGUUGUGCUGUUGUCCUUCCCUCCCCAUUGCUCACACCGCCUGCAGCCCCUGGAUGUGUCUGUCUAUGGCCCGUUAACGAGGGAAGUCAACGCCGUCUCCACUGCCUGGACGCUGAACAACCCCGGCAAAACCAUGACGAUAUGGGACAUCCCUAAAGUGGUAGCUACAGCCUUCCCUCUUGCAGUUAACCCGGGCAACAUUCAAGCAGGAUUCCAGGCUAGUGGAAUAUAUCCUUUCAACCGUGAGCUAUUCCUGGAGACAGCGUUUUCACCUGCACCCCAAGCCGACCCCACCAGUCCUCCCCCAAAGCCAUCCACUAGCUAUGGACAGAGACCAGGGACUCUAGAAGAGCUGAGGCCUCAUCCAAAGGCUGCAGCCAGGAAAGGAGCCCGAAAACGAAAAAGAAUGUCCAGUUUUGUCCUCACUGACAGACCAGAGAAAGGCAGAAUAGAGCAGGAAAAUGCAACCAGCGUGCACAAGACAAAAAUGGCAACAUCAACACGGCCUAGUACACCCGAGACCAGCUGUCAGGACUAAAGCAUCUCUACCUGAGCUGGAGGAGGCAGCCAGUGUCACGGCAAGAGUUGAUGUAUUAAAAGAUGAGUCAGGAGUCAAAUGAGUUGAUUGCAGCCAAACUCAACUUUUCCAGGAAAAGGAGAUGGAGGUCCUGUGAGGGCCGAUUUGGGAGGCCUAAUACUCAACUUAUGAUAUAAUAUUAUGGUCAAACAUGAUAUUCCCACUCCAGAAAGAAGAUGAAAUAGAAGAGACAGGAAACGUCGUCUUGAGAUGGAGAGGGUUUUUUUUUGUUUGUUUGUUUGUUUGUUUUUUUGGAUGGAAACACUCAUUCAGGGCGAUAUGAGAGACGUGUUGGAUGUGCAACCAGUGGGCACACAUAGGCCUAUAGGCUGGCUCAAAGAUGUUCAUGUUCCUUGC